AUGAGUAACUGGAGUUAAAUAAGUGGAACUGUCAUAAUAACAAAAGAAGAAGUAUUACCAUAUUAUAAUACUAUAUAAUAUUAAUAUAUAAUAUUAAUAGGCAAAUGAUCGAGGAGUUACUCUUUAAAAGAAGAAAUACUUUCACUACGAAUAAUAUAGGGAGAGAAUCAUAUUGGGAUUCUUAAUUCUAAUAUUGAAAUACAAUAACUAAUCGUUCAUUCUUGGUAUUAAUCUAUUCGGAUUAAAUGAAUUAGACAUUUAUAUUGAAAAUCACCUAUUUUCUUAUUAUUUCUACUAACAUCUCUGGGUAUUCAUUUUAAUUUUUAGCAUUAGAAUCAAUGAAAUUAAAAUUUCAAGGUCAGGAUUAUUAGAAUCAAUUUCAUAAAUUUACAAACAUGGCGCCAUAUACUUAUGGGACUUAGUAAUUCUUAAUGAUUAGAAUAAGG